UGUCUAACUUCGUUCGGCGCCAUGGUGUCUGUGGCACUAAUCCUUCAAAAGCCUUUGUGCAUGAGCGCUGACCCUGUGGGGGUCAGCCAGAUUCAGUGCACCAUCUUCAUGGUUGGAGGCAUCGCUACCUUACUGCAGUCUACAUUCGGCAUUAGACUACCUAUUCUUCAGGGCUCUACCUUUGGUUUUGUGGCGCCAGCACUGUCUAUCCUCGACCUGCCACAAUGGAAAUGUCCAUCUACAGUUCACGACAGACAGAGCGCGUUCGGAACUGAUUUCAACCAAAUCGGAGAUAUCCUUGGAUGGUACAAACGGGACGUCUACUUUGCCAGAAGACCCCAGUGAAGUGUGGCAGAAAAGGGUGAGAGAGAUCCAGGGCGCCGUCAUGGUGGCCUCGUUGUUCCAGGUUGUGCUGGGCUUCAGCGGCAUCAUGACUAUUUUCCUGCGGCUGAUCAGUCCCCUGGUCGUGAUCCCCACCAUCACCCUAGUGGGGCUCCCCCUUUUCGAAGCUGCGGUGGGGAAGUCGUCCAAGCAAUGGUGGAUUGCCCUCUUGACUCUGGUCCUAAUCGUGCUUUUCUCUCAGAGUCUCCAUCGGAUCUCCAUUCCUGCCUUGUGGCCAAGAUACUCCCGUGGAAAGGGUUGCAGGGCAAACGGAUCAACAUCCGCAUCUUCGGACUGUUUCCAGUGUUGCUGGGAAUGGGAGUCACCUGGCUGCUGUGCUGGGUCCUGACUAUCACGGAUGCCCUGCCUCGCGAGGAGAACAGAUGGGGGCACGAUGCCCGGACUGAUGCCAAGGCCUCUGUCCUUAUAGAGGCCCAGUGGAUCCGAGUUCCCUAUCCAGGUCAGUGGGGCCUUCCGACUGUUAGCACUGGCGCUGUAUUCGGGAUGCUGGCCGGAGUGCUGUCCUCCAUGAUCGAGUCUGUCGGUGACUACUACGCAUGCGCACGUCUCUCCAACGCUCCUCCCCCUCCCCCUCACGCCAUCAACAGAGGUCUCGGUGUGGAGGGAAUAGCCUGUGUGCUGGCCGGCGCCUUUGGCUCUGCAAACGGCACAACAUCGUUCAGCGAAAAUAUUGCCGCCAUUGGAAUCACAAAGGUGGCGAGUCGUCGUGUGAUACAAACUGCGGGUCUACUACUGAUCAUCAUGGGCUGCACGGGAAAAGUCGGCGCCUUCUUUGUCUCCUUGCCAGAUCCUGUAGUGGGGGGCAUGUUCCUCUGCAUGUUCAGUAUGAUCACCUCGGUGGGUCUGUCCAACAUUCAGUAUGUCAACAUGAGGAAGACCAGAAACCUUUGCGUUCUAGGCCUGUCGCUCUUCCUGGGGCUGUGGAUUCCAAAAUGGGUUUCCGCCAACACCGAGCACAUCACUACAGGCAGCGAAGUCGGCAACCAGAUCGUUUCGGUGCUCUUGUCUACAAACAUGUUUGUUGGAGGCUUUAUUGGUUUCGUUCUUGACAACCUCCUACCUGGCACCCCCAAGGACCGUGGCAUCACUCUCUGGCGUCAGGAGACCACGUGCCCGACACAGAGAGCCUCCAGAGUGAGCAGCAGUGAACUGUAUCGGGUUCCUUUCUUCUCUUCCUUGAUUGACCGCUUUCCGUUUUGGGGUAAACUGCCCUUCUGUCCCCCCGCCUCCGCCACCACAUCUUCACCCGGCAGCGCAGACCACGACGCACAAGUGUAUCUUACGGGAAUGGAAUCGAAGGAUUCCAUCAAGACUGAUGAGGACACCGAGUCUGGCAAGGAAGUGGCAUUCACCUCCCAGUCGGAGUUGGUGAAGUCCAGUGGCAAUGACACGUUCGUCAUCUACACAGUGGAGGACACACCGCCAUGGCCCCUGUGCAUUUUUCUUGGGUUUCAGCACUGUCUAACAGCCUUCGGAGCCAUCAUCUCGGUGCCGCUGCUGCUGCAGGACCCGCUGUGUAUGAGAGGAGACCCGGUGGCUGUCAGCUACAUCGAGGGUACCAUCUUCGUGGUAUCGGGUAUAGCUACCCUCUUACAAACCACCUUCGGGAUCCGACUGCCCAUCCUACAGGGUUCAACGUUUAGUUUUCUGGUGCCAACAUUUGCCAUUCUGUCCCUUCCACGAUGGAAAUGCCCAGCAUCAAACACCACCAUUUCUGAACUCAGUGACAAUAUCACUGUCACCAUGACAACGCCGAACACUUCCCUCGGUUCUUCUACACCUGAAGAUUUCCAGGAAGUGUGGCAAUCAAGACUAAGAGAGAUCCAGGGCGCCAUCAUGGUGGCCUCGUUGUUCCAGGUGGCAAUAGGGUUCAGCGGCAUCAUGACCUUUGUCCUCCGCCUGGUCAGCCCACUGGUCGUGACCCCAACUAUUACCCUCGUGGGGCUCUCCCUCUUCGAUGUCGCGGCAGACAAAGCAUCUAAGCAGUGGUGGAUCGCUCUCUUGACCAUGGCCCUCAUCGUAAUCUUCUCUCAGUGCCUAUCGCUUAUCUAUCCUGCCUUUUGCCCCACCUUCGUCCGAGGAAAGGGCUGCACUGCCCAGCGCAUCAACCUUCACAUCUUUGAACUUUUUCCCGUGCUGAUGGCCAUGGGGAUCAGCUGGUUGCUAUGCUACAUACUAACAGUGACCGACGUCCUGCCCCGGAAGAGGACAAGGGGGCACUACGCUCGGACGGACACCAAAGCUUCUGUCCUGGAGAAGGCUCUGUGGAUACGAAUCCCUUACCCUGGUCAGUGGGGCCUUCCGACUGUUAGCACUGGCGCUGUGUUCGGGAUGCUGGCCGGAGUGCUGUCCUCCAUGAUCGAGUCUGUCGGCGACUACUACGCAUGCGCACGCCUGUCCAGCGCUCCUCCUCCUCCCCCUCAUGCAAUCAACAGAGGUAUCGGAGUGGAGGGAAUAGCCUGUGUGCUGGCCGGCGCCUUCGGGUCUGGAAACGGUACAACAUCCUUCAGCGAAAAUAUCGCCGCCAUCGGAAUCACGAAGGUGGCCAGUCGCCGUGUGAUACAAACGGCGGGUGUACUGAUGGUGAUUUUAGGUUGUGUUGGAAAAGUGGGAGCCUUUUUUGUCGCCCUGCCGGACCCUGUCGUAGGCGGCAUGUUCCUCUGCAUGUUCAGUAUGAUAACAGCGGUAGGACUAUCCAAUGUCCAGUGUGACUUGAACAAAUCCCGUAAUCUGUGUGUUCUCGGCAUCUCCAUCUUCCUGGGACUGACCAUUCCCCGCUGGGUGGGAGAACACAGUGACGCCAUUGACACAGGAAGUGAGAUCGCUGAUCAGAUCAUUUCUGUCCUACUGUCGACCAGUAUGUUUGUUGGAGGUUUUGUGGCCUGUGUUAUGGACAACCUUCUCCCAGGAACCCUUGAAGAGCGCGGCAUCACCCGUUGGCGCCAAGAGGCAGAAUCUUCAGGUAGUAAGCCAGGUAAUGUCAGUGCAGACGUGGUGUACAGGGUCCCUCUCUUCUCACCUUGCAUCGACCGCGCACCAGCUUGCGGCAAGCUUCCCUUCUGUCCGUCCGCCAAAGUCACAGCACAUUCUACUCUUUCGUCUGGAGGACAGGAUGUGACAAUCAUGGCAGAUGACUGUCCGCAUGACACUAGAUUUUAGAAAAAGUGUCUUCCGUUUCGAGACUGUUGAUCUUUUCGCGCAAGUGUAAGUUAAAAAAAAAUGCGCCACAUUACCAUAGGUAGUUCUUAAUCAUGCUGACAUCUUGAACCAUCAUGAUUUUCUAAUCAGAGAGAGUCGUGGUUCAAUUCAAACAUAAGUAAUCAGUAUUCUUGAGGUUUCAUUUAUCCGCAUCAUAUCUAAAUUGGACACAUGGUGUAUUCAUUGUUUUGUCCUAAUCUUUCAUUGUAAUAAAAUUAGAUGAAAUCAC